GACUAAGACUUCUGAACUGCCCUCCAAGCACUUUGAUGCCAGGAUGGCCCUAACUGGCUGCCACUUUGAACCAAUCCAUUGCAGGUUCUUCUCCAAGAAGGCUGACUGUCUAGUGAGAGGUGGUAUAUAGUAACUGGCCAACUGCUUCUUGUGUUAAACAAAUAUUUCUUUAAUUAAUGGAAUUUUAAAAUACGUAUUGUUUUAUAAAUAGUAAACUAUUAAAUUUUAAAAUAAUAAUUUAUCUAAUUUUAAUGUGUACAUGUCAUUUGAUUAGAAGAAAGUGUAACUUAUUAAUUGCUGUAACAGAAGAAAACCUAAUCAAAGACUGUUGAUGAGACUGUUGAAACCCUUCUGACUGUUGUGCAGCAACUGUGAUAUCUUGCAGCUUCUCGAUUUCUGAUUUGGCUGAAUCUUGAUUACUGGAACUGUCAAGAAGAAUGAUUCUCUGCCAUUAUUCCUGAAGAAGCCUGGGGAGAAUUGAACGUGCUGUCACGAGUAUUUGGAUCAAAUGUGACAAUUACUAACGAGCACAUCCGUGAUAAUCUGAUUAUGUGGCCCAUAAAAUGGGAUAAGGACUACUACCAAGUGUACAAAAAAAAUGGUCAUGUCAAUCUUUAUUCUGUACAGAUGUGAGAAGAUGACUCGAAUAUUGUGACAAGAACAAUGCCAGUGCAUGGAAAGUUAUUUAUUUUGUAGAUUACAUGCAUUGUGAUCAAGGAUACCAGCUAUUUCAAGAUUUUCAUUAAAUGUGGUUAUUUUAAGAAUUAUAUGAAUGACAGUCUGCGGACAGAUGUGUUUGUCCGGUACCAUCCAGAGACCAUUGCCUGUGCCUGUAUCUACUUGUCUGCUAGGGCACUUGAGAUCCCACUUCCAAAUCGUCCCCAUUGGUUUUUAUUAUUUGGGACCAGUGAAGAAGAAAUGAGGGAGAUCUGUGUUAAAAUCUUAAAGCUCUACACCAGGAAAAAGGCAAACUUGGACUUCCUUGACAGUGAAGUUGAAAAGCGGAAAGUGGCUCUUCAAGAAGCAAAAGCAAAAGCUAAGGGCCUUUUGCCAGAUGGUACCCCUGCUUUAGAGGCCCCACCUGGCUUCUCUCCAUCUUCAAAGCCAGAUUCUCCAAAGGAUGGUAAAUUUGAAAAACCUUCACCACUGUCCAUUCAAGCAAUGAAGAAUGCUCGAAGAAAACUGGAUGAGGAAGAAAAAUGGCCCCGAUCUACUAGUCCGUUAAAUGGUGUUCAAAAAGGGAAAAGCAGCCGAAGUCGAAGCAGAAGCAAAGAUCGUAGUUAUUCGCGAUCUCGCUCCAGGUCGCAUUCCCCGAGGAGGCGAAGAACGAGAAGUCGCUCAGGAUCUAACAGCUCUCAAUCCCACAGCCAUUCAAGAAGUCGCAGUGAUUCCCCUCCACAACGACACAAACGAAACUCUCCUUACAUUGGCAGGCAAAAAGCAAAGGAAUAUGAUGAUAUACGAGAAUACAAAUAUAAUUCCCACAAACGCAGGCGAUCACACAGCAGGAGCUUCAGUAAAAGUUUGUCAAGAUCCAGAAGCAGAUCCAGAGAGCGUUUGGAUUUUCCUCGGAAGCACAAGGAAAGUCGAAGUCACCAUAGAGAACGAAGGCAUGAUCCAUCUCGAUCUUAUGAAAGAUCCGCAAAACAUCACAACAGUCACUCUAGUCAUACUAGACACAGACGGUGAUGGACUCGGCCUGCAUCUUUGUUGUUGGCAUUGCCUUGUAUUACUCCAGGAUUUAUACAUAAUCUCUAAACUGUUAGAGAUUUAAAUAGGUUCUUUUCUGUAAAUUGCACUGCUAAUUUUGUAGUUUUCUGAAGGCAGAUGCAGUGGCUCCUGCUGACAAUAGUGUCUCGCCUAGAGCUGAUCACUUUCAUAUUCAAUUUUCUGAAACUUUGGUGAUGUACAGGUUUACAGUCUUGUGUUAUUUCAGGGUUUAUUUAUUUUUAAUUUGCCAGUGUUAAAUGUGAUUUCAAAUUUGCUUUCUGAUUGUAUAUAAGGCCAUAAACAUGUAUGUACAUGUUUCUGUGUUGGGGCAAGAGCAAGAGAGAGAGUGAGAGUGUCCUUUAUGUUUCUUUCAGUUCAUUGCACAUUUUUGGCACUUUUAAAGGUGUGCCCAGUCAGGUGCCAAUUUCAUAUAAAAAAUAAUUUAAAGUCCCUUUUAAAUGUGUAAUUACUUACCAUCUGUUAUCUUAUACUCAGUCCCAGCUAUAAUACUUGGAUUGCUGUUAUAUUUUUAAGGAUUCAUGGCUACUUCUCAUUGCUGCUGCAUAUAUACAUUUUUUAAAGAAAGUAGCCAUGCUCUUUGCAGUUAUGUAAAAUACCAUAAUAUUUUUAUUUGGGAAAUAAUGUACCUGAGUGGUUAUUUGUUUUUUGUAAAGAGAUUUUCUUUUUUUUUGAGGGGAUUGGUUAUUCACCACUGAUAAUUGUCUAUUCAAGUGUAUAUGUUCUGUUCUAUUAAUAGAAUAAAUUGCUUAACCAGGAGAUACUGUACAUAGGCCUUUUAAUGUAGUGCAGUGAACAUACAUGUGCCUUGAAUAUGUACGUUUUAUGAACUACAACUGGGAUUUGAAUAUGCAUAUACUGUAAAUAAAUUUUUUAACAAACAAA